AUGUCUACACUUUCGACCUUGCCACUCCAGAUUCGUGUAGGACUUAGAGAUUCGUUUGAAGCACCGGAUGCCCCAGUAAAUGAGGCACUCAAGAAGCUGAAUGAAACUACUGGCUAUGACAUGACUCUAGAGAUUGCAUGGAUCGAUAUCUGGAGAGACCUUCAGCCAAAAUUUGAUGACAAGGCGACGUUUGUGCCCACUGUCACACAAGCACGGCUCGACCUUCUCCUCACAGAGUCGUCAGAAGCGUUUCAAGAGGCAUUUCUGACCAAAAUGGAGGGGAUUAGGAAAGCCCUCUUUGUUCAGAUCCACGAUGCACCUCUACCGAAACUAGAAUUUGUUAGAGGAGAGAUGAUGACCCUCUUUCUUCCUGUGGAAGGACCUGAAGGACUACGCUCCAUCUCCUCAAGCAUCGGCGCUGACAUCGAGAAAGUGUUUACGGGAAAGGCACAGAAUACCACACAGUCAAACAAAGAGACCACUGAUGACUUCGAAGUGCUUCCCAAGAGCCCGACCAUCAAGGCGACCUCCCGCGUCCUCUCGUUGCCACAACUGGACACGCUUCCUAGACCAGAGACACUUUUCGCUUCUCUUUUACCAUAUACAAUCAUUGUUCGCCGUACUGGAAAUGGAAUAGACAUAGAAGGAUCUCAUCAACCCACCCUGGAGCUCAUUUGCGAGUAUUUCAAGAAGCAUGCGAGGAAGAAUCUCAAUGAUACUCGCCAGGUAUUAUACUCUAUUGACCCUUCAUACGUCUCACCUGGCAUAUAG